AUGCGCGGCGACCUCUCCAACAUCACCGCCUCGCCAUCCGUCCUCGAUACGAAAUCCGCUGCUGCCCUCGUUCUGGGCCGAGAGGCCCUCGAUAUUGGUGGCCCCUGCGGCCGCGGACGAUCCCGCGGAGCGAGCACUGUUGGUGCUGAAAUGUACGCGGGCAGGUCGGAGGCCGAGGGCCUGAAGAAGCCGAUCAAUGCCUUUCUCGGGGAACUUUUUUUGGCUAGGUGGGAAGACGACCGGGAUCAGGAGCAGGACGAGGUCGAGGUCGGGAUUACGAGGCUGGUUAGCGAGCAAGUAAGUCAUCACCCACCUGGAACCGCGUGUCGCGUCUGGAACGAGGAACACGGCGUCACGGCAGAGGGAUAUACUCGCCAGGAGAUCACCUUCACCGGCAGCGUCAACAUACAGCAAAUCGGCCAUGCCAAACUUCAUCUUGCUCGACACCACGAGACAUACCUCAUCCCACUUCCAGACAUAAAAAUCAACGGCAUUUUACAGGUUCUCCGUACCCGGAGUUACACGGCACCCACCACAUCCCGAGCACGAGUGGGUAUACUUCAACCAUCGACUUCAACAGCAGACGAGGUUUCUUCUCCGGCCCUGACAGGAAGCACACUUUCGAGGCCAGCGGCGGUGGGACGGCCAGUUCGUUAUCCGCGACUGCAGACAGAACGUCGACAUCGAGAAUUCGACGUAACAACGGCGAGAACCACGCCGCUGAUCACCGACCCAAUCGAGGAGCAGGACCCGUGGGAGUCGCGUCGAGCGAUCGAGAACGGCCAGAGAGAGAUGCGUAAAACGGACAGCGACGGCAGAAACUGGAAGCGACUGUUCUUCGAGCCCAUAUCGAGGGCGGAUGAAGUCGUAGAGGCGUUGGCGGGGAUGGUCGGGUUGACUCUCGACCCCGAAGAUACGGUGGCGGCCUGGAAGUUUCGGCGGAGAGAGUGGAGGGAGGGAGCGUUCGGGAAGCCAUAUCACGGGAAUCUGAUGCCAGACAAUAGUACGCAGGCCAGGGCGGGUGAAGGGGGGGAAAAGGUUGUCGUCGACGGAGUUCACCUGGUGGCUCGUUCGCAGAGGAGUCUGCUAAGCGGGGAGCAGAGAGAUAUUCCACCGGCACGCACCAGUUCCCAGAUCAACGGUUCUCCUCCUUCACCUCAACCGGAGACUUCUACCCAGACGGAGGUGAAGAAGAGCAUUGUCCGAGACAUGAAUGCGAGAGAGAAAGCCCAAGUCGAAGAGUUUCUCAGAGACAAACAUUCAAGCAAGAGGCGGUGA